GCUGAUGGUCGGAAAGUCCUGAGGUCGAGCAUACGGGAGUUCCUGUGCAGCGAGGCUAUGUUUCACCUAGGAAUACCAACAACAAGGGCUGGAACAUGUGUGACAUCAGACUCGAAAGUCAUCCGUGACAUAUUUUAUGAUGGGAAUCCAAAAAGUGAAAAGUGUACAGUUGUUCUCAGAAUAGCUUCUACAUUUAUAAGAUUUGGUUCUUUCGAAAUCUUUAAACCUACUGAUGAAUACACAGGACGCAAGGGUCCCAGUGUUAACCGAAAUGAUAUUCGAAUACAGAUGCUUGAUUAUGUGAUUAGCACUUUCUAUCCAGAAAUCCAAGAGGCUUAUUCAGACAACAGUAUUCAGAGGAAUGCUGCUUUCUUCAAAGAGAUAACAAAACGGACAGCAAGAUUGGUUGCAGAGUGGCAGUGUGUUGGGUUUUGCCAUGGUGUGCUGAAUACAGAUAAUAUGAGCAUAGUUGGACUGACCAUUGACUACGGCCCUUUUGGAUUUAUGGACAGAUAUGACCCUGAGCACAUUUGCAAUGGUUCUGAUAAUACAGGGCGCUAUGCUUACAACAAGCAGCCAGAGAUUUGCAAGUGGAACCUGGGGAAGCUUGCAGAAGCUCUAGUUCCAGAGCUGCCCUUGGAAAUAAGUGAACUCAUCCUGGAAGAGGAAUAUGAUGCAGAAUUUGAGAAACAUUAUUUGCAAAAGAUGAGGAAGAAACUAGGCCUAAUCCAGCUGGAAUUAGAAGAAGAUAGUAGACUGGUGUCUGAACUCCUUGAAACCAUGCAUCUCACAGGUGGAGAUUUCACAAAUAUUUUCUACUUGCUGAGUUCAUUCUCAAUAGACUCUGAUCCUUCAAAAUUGGAAGAAUUCUUAGAAAAGCUUACAAGUCAGUGUGCUUCUGUGGAAGAACUGAAAGUUGCUUUCAAACCACAGAUGGAUCCCAGGUAA